AAGGUGUCCCUUUUGAAAAGGGAGGGUUUCUUUUCUAUAUUUUGUUUUGUGAGGGAAGAACAAAAAGGAAGAACAGCGCUUGGAUCUUUUCGUCGCGUGGCGUCGCGCGCGCGAAUCCGAGGACGCAGCAGCAAGGCGCUAGAAAGUCUUUUGUUGUUUCUCUCCGUGUUUUUUUUUUCGUGCUUGUGUCUUUGAAAGAAAUAUAGAUGGGAGACGGAGAUGAUGCUCCAGCUCCUGGUGCCAAUCCAAUUCCAUCGGUGAUUGCCGCGUCGAGCACGACUGAGGUCUCGGUGGUGCUGCCAUGCUCAAUCCAAGACUCCCAAAAGGAAUCGCCUUUGGUGGUUCCUUGUGCUAUUCCAGCACACCAAGAAGCUGUGCAAGACAGAGAUUAUAAGUUUCUCUCCAAGGCUGUGGACGAAGCUUACAAAGGUGUCACUUGCGGCGAUGGCGGUCCUUUUGGAGCUGUGGUCGUCCGAAACAACGAGGUGGUGGUGAGCUGCCACAAUAUGGUGCUCAGGCACACGGAUCCCACCGCUCAUGCCGAAGUCACGGCUGUUCGAGAGGCUUGCAAGAAGCUGAAUCGAUUGGAGCUGUCCGACUGCGAGAUUUUUGCGUCGUGUGAGCCGUGUCCAAUGUGCUUUGGAGCCAUUCACCUAUCACGAAUCAAACGUCUGGUAUAUGGUGCCAAAGCCGAGGCUGCCAUCGCGGUUGGCUUCGACGAUUUCAUUGCCGACGCAAUCAGAGGCACGUCUUACUACCAAAAGGCAAACUUGGAAAUUAAAAGAGCCGAUGGGAGCGUUGCCGCCAUAGCCGAGCAAGUUUUUACCGACACAAAGGAGCUCUUUAAAAUGUAUUGAAUCGACGCUCGUCAAAAUUCAAUCGAUUGCUUUUACCAGUCUACUAAAA